AUGGCCAACAUUGCCAUCCGAUACCUCUGUGACUUAGGGAAGAUGUCGAGUUUUUACGCCAAUUUGGCGGGAAGAACCAAGUCCAAUAUGUUUGAUAUUAUUAGGGUGCUGGAGGAUUUGGAGUCAUCGCAAGGGUUUUUGGGUGCGGCAGAGAUGGGUCAUUGUCUUGCAGAGUUCGGGAUUGUAAGAGGCAUUGUGGAGUAUGUAGGUUCGGCUGAGGAGAUCCCGUUUGCACAGCCGUUGCCUCGAUUUCUAGUGAUCAAGCAACGAAAAUUGAUCCCGAAUUUUGAGCAAAUUGGGGAUGCACCAUCGAUUUCUCAUAGAAAGACAUAUAUUGUGUACUUGGGAUCACUUCCUAAGGAUGACGUGUUCUCGCCAUUGUCUCAUCACAUUGGUAUUCUCGAAAGGGUUACCGAGAGUAGCUCUGCUUCGAAUCUCUUGGUAAGAAGCUACAAAAGAAGCUUCAACGGAUUCGCUGAACUCACCGACCGAGAAAGAGAAAGGCUUGCUAAGAUGAAGGAAGUUGUCUCUGUGUUUCCGAGCACAACUUACAAGCUCCAAACAACAAGAUCUUGGGAGUUUUUGCGUUUCAAUGAGAAACUCAAGCGUAAUCCUACUGUCGAGAGCAAUGUUAUUGUUGGUGUCAUCGAUACUGGGAUAUGGCCUGAAUCGGAAAGUUUUAGCGAUGAAGGUUUUGGUCCAGCUCCAAAGAAGUGGAAAGGAGUUUGCAAAGGAGGCAAAAAUUUCACUUGCAACAAGAAGAUCAUUGGAGCUCGGUUUUACGUUGGUUCCUCAGCUAGAGAUGAGAUUGGUCAUGGAAGUCAUACUGCCUCAACCGUAGCAGGAAUUCCCGUAAAGGGUGUGAGCUUUUACGGACUGGCGCACGGAACUGCAACAGGAGGCGUUCCCUCUGCGAGAAUUGCUGAAUAUAAAGUUUGCGGUUCUAACGAGUGCGCUACAGACAAGAUAUUGGCUGCUUUUGAUGAUGCAAUUGCUGAUGGAGUUGACAUCAUCACAAUUUCAAUUGGAGACUCAAUUGCAGUCCCUUUCGAUCAGGAUCCUAUAGCAAUCGGUGCUUUUCAUGCACUGGAGAAAGGGAUACUAACCUCUCAGUCUGCAGGGAACGACGGCCCUUAUAUGGGUACUGUAUCAAGUGUAGCACCAUGGAUUCUUACAGUUGCAGCAAGUAGCAUAGACCGUCACAUCAUUGACAAGGUUGUUCUUGGAAACGGAAGGACACUUGUCGGGAAUUCUGUGAACGCUUUUGAUUUAAAUGGAACAAGUUUUCCCUUGAUAGAAGGCAAAGACUCGUCGAGUGAAUGCGGCGAUUGUUAUGAAGGUUGUCUAGACCCUAACUUAGUUAAGGGAAAGAUUGUGGUAUGUCGUUGGCCUAUAGGCAUUAUCGAGGCUCGUCGAGUUGGAGCAAUAGGUGCUGUAACUGACAGUACCAUACCCGAUGUUUCUCCCAUUGUCCCACUACCUGCAGCAUGUUUUAGAAGCAAGGAUUUUGACGUUGUCAAGUCCUACGUCAACUCCACAGGCAAACCUCGAGCGAAACUACUAAAAAGUGAAGUCAUAAAAGAUCUUGCCGCACCUACUGUCGCUUCCUUCUCUUCACGGGGGCCCAAUCGUAUUUUAUUUGAGAUUAUCAAGCCGGACAUAACUGCCCCGGGGGUUGAUAUUUUGGCUGCAUAUUCACCUGUUGCUCCUGUCACAGAGAGCUUUGAAGACCGGAGGCACGUGAAAUACAGUUUCCUAUCUGGAACUUCCAUGGCUUGCCCGCAUGCUGCUGGUGUCGCUGCGUAUAUCAAAACAUUCCACCCCAACUGGUCUCCAGCUGCCAUCAAAUCAUCUAUCAUGACUACGGCUGGGCCUGCGAAUGGCACUGACGAUUCCUACACGCCCGGUGUAUUUUCGUAUGGUUCUGGCCAGAUCAAUCCUCUAAAAGCUUUAAAUCCGGGCCUUGUGUAUGAAACUUCUAAGGAUGAUUACAUUAAGUUGCUCUGCUCGAUCUUGGACGAGUCCAAAGUUCGACUUAUUUCUGGAGACAAACGCCCUUGCCCUGCAAAGAAUGACAAAAUAUCGGCCAAAGAUCUCAACUACCCUUCAAUGGCUGUUAACAUUCUUGCAGAGACUUCGUUUUCGAUUCAGUUUCAAAGAACAGUUAAAAAUGUUGGCCAUGCAAACUCCAUUUACAAGGCAAAGACCAUCUCAAAACCAGGAAUUAACAUAAAGGUGGUGCCUCAAGUUCUUUCCUUCAAGUCUUUGAAUGAGAAAAAGACCUUCAAUCUGACAGUUUUCGGAAGAAGUAUACCAUUACUUACGCGUGUAUCUGCGUCGUUGGUGUGGACGGAUGGUACUCACAGCGUUCGAAGUCCAAUUCUUGUAAGCGCCACCAACUAUAGCUCUUGA